AUGAAGGAGAAGACGGCGGCGAGGACGCGGCGCGAGAUGGAGAACCGCGAGUUUGACGCGCUCGCCCGUAUGUUGCCGUUACCGUCGGCCAUCACGUGUCAGCUGGACAAAGCGUCCAUCAUCCAACUGACCAGCAGUUACCUGAAGAUGCGACAGGUGCUCCCGCGAGGUCAGGUUUGGGGUCAAAGCAGAUCUUUAGAAAACACAAACCUUGAGCUCGGAUCGCAUUUACUGCAGACGUUAGACGGCUUUAUAUUCGUGGUGGCUUGCGAUGGGAAGAUCAUGUACAUCUCAGAGACGGCGUCGGUUCACCUGGGUCUUUCACAGGUAGAGCUGACCGGGAACAGUAUUUAUGAGUACGUCCAUCCGGCGGAUCACGACGAGAUGAGCGCGGUCCUGACGCCUCAGCCCUCGCUCCACACACAGCUCAUCCACGAGCAUGAAGCGGAGCGCUCGUUCUUCUUGAGAAUGAAGUGUGUUUUGGUCAAACGUAACGCCGGACUGACGAGCGGAGGAUAUAAGGUCAUCCACUGCAGUGGCUAUCUGAAGACGUCUGCGCUGGACUGCUGUCAGAACGUGGGGCUGGUGGCGGUGGGACACACUUUACCUCCAAGCGCCGUCACCGAGAUCAAGCUUCACAACAACAUGUUCAUGUUCAGAGCCAGUCUAGACAUGAAGCUCAUCUUCCUGGACUCCAGGGUUUCAGAGCUGACAGGAUAUGAACCACAGGACCUGAUUGAGAAGACCCUGUAUCAUCACGUGCACAGCUGUGACAGCUUUCACCUGCGCUGCGCUCAUCAGCUCCUGCUGGUCAAGGGUCAGGUGACCACUAAAUAUUACCGCUUCCUGUCCAAAUAUGGCGGCUGGGUUUGGGUGCAGAGUUACGCUACGAUUGUUCACAACAUCCGCUCGUCUCGUCCGCACUGCAUCGUCAGCGUCAACUACGUCCUCACGGACACAGAGUAUAAAGGCAUGGUGCUGUCUCUGGACCAGCUGAAGCCCAGCAGACCUGUGUUCCUCUACAGAGAGCGUCAUGAGCCCGAGGACGACCCUCCAGCGUCCCGCAGCGGGACGAAGAGCCAGCCUUCUUCUUACUCUCAGCAGUUCUCAUCGUUCCAACCCGAGCGCUCAGAUUCCAACCGCGACAGCCAAUGGGGAAGCAGCCCUCUGACAGACUCCGCCUCCCCGCAGCGACUGGAUCACAGUGACACGUCAGAAGCGGUUUACAUUGAUUAA